AAAGCCUUUAGAGCCGAGCCGGUACCUAGUAUCAUAAGCGGGGCCUAUGGUCAUUAUUGUCAACAUCUCCAGCUCUCUAGGGCGGGUGCUAACUGCUGGUCUGUUCGCCAUGAGGUUCAGUAGUCCCCAAACGACAACAUUAGAUGCUUGGACGGACUGCGCAAAGCUGGGCGCACCGAAAGAUCCAGCAGGUGGGCGGGGGUUGGUGGUGACGUGAGACUUGGGGACCGACCUAAGCUCUCGCGUCCUCCUCCACCUGCUCGGCUCCCAGAAGAUUUGCCAGAGUUGGUGCCAGGGCGGGGCAGUUGACGGGGUGGCUGCCCAGCUCGUCUCGACCAGCUCCGUCGGUCUGAGGCUGCAGGAUUCAGAAUGGCUUUGUGCGGCUCUAGAUUUCCAUGGCUCAUCAAGAUGUCCAUCUUAAUCUUAGGACUUGGCGUGGUUUUAUUUACAUUCAAAACUGUGUACCUUUAUGAAGAGUUCAGUCUCAAACCAGAGAUCCCUCGUCCUGCUCAGGCUGUCCAGAUGCCAAAGCUUCUAUCUGAAGAACGUCUCAGGAACCUCUUUACCUAUGAUGGAAUCUGGCUGUUCCCGAAAAAUCAGUGCCAAUGUGACAUCAAACACCAGGGCUACAACUUUCAGGAUGCCUAUGGCCAGAGAGACCUCCCUGCAGUGAAAGUGAGGAGACAGGCUGAAUUUGAGCACUUUCAGAGGAGAGAAGGGCUGCCCCGCCCACCAACCCUGCUGGCUCCUCCCAACCUCCCCUUUGGGUAUCCUGUCCAUGGGGUGGAGGUGAUGCCCCUGCACACAGUUCCCAUCCCAGGUCUCCAAUUUGAUGGACCCAACGCCCCCAUCUAUGAGGUCACACUGACAGCUUCGCUGGGGACACUGAACACCCUCGUUGACAUCCCAGACAGUGUGGUGCAGGGCAGAGGCCAGAAGCAGCUGACCAUUUCAACCAGUAACCGGAAGCUUUUGAAUUUCAUUCUCCAGCAUGUGACCUACACCAGCACAGUGUACCAGCACCACAGGGUGGAUAUCGUGAGCCUGGAGUCCAAGUCCUCACUUGCCAGAUUUCCAGUGACCAUCCGCCAUCCCGUCAUGCCCAAGUUACAUGACCCUGGACCGGAGAGGAAGCUCAGAGACCUGGUGACCAUCGCCACCAAAACAUUCCUCCGUCCCCACAAGCUCAUGACCAUGCUCAAGAGUGUUCGUGACUAUUAUCCAGACUUGACCGUGAUCGUGGCUGACGACAGCAAGGAGCCCUUGAAAAUUAAUGACAGCCACGUGGAGUACUACUUCAUGCCCUUUGGGAAGGGUUGGUUCGCUGGUAGGAACCUGGCCAUAUCUCAGGUCACCACGAAAUAUGUUCUCUGGGUGGACGAUGACUUUCUCUUCAUCAACAACACCAAGAUUGAGAGGCUGGUGGAUGUUCUGGAGAAAACUGAACUGGAUGUGGUAGGCGGCAAUGUGCUUGGAAACUUGUUUCAGUUUAAGCUGUUUCUGGAGCAAAGUGAGAAUGGGGACUGUCUUCACCGGAGGUCAGGAUCUUUCCGGCCUUUGGACGGCUUCCCUCACUGUGUGGUGACCAGUGGCGUUGUCAACUUCUUCCUGGCGCACACAGAAAGACUUCAAAGAGUUGGCUUUGACCCCCGCUUGCAACGAGUGGCUCAUUCAGAGUUCUUUAUUGAUGGGCUUGGGAGCCUGUUCGUGGGAUCAUGCUCAGACGUGAUUAUAAGUCACCAGCCCCAUUCCCCAGUGGAGGACUCAGAGCUGGCUGCCCUGGAAAAGACCUACAGAAAAUACCGGGCCAACACCAAUGCCCAAGUCCAGUUCAAGCUGGCUCUCCACUACUUCAAGAACCAUCUCCAAUGCUCCACGUAAAGGUGCAUGGGCAUCGGAAACUUGCUAGGCCGACUGAUUGUGGGACUCUGGAACAGUGUGGUACAGGUGGUCAGACUACCAAAAAAUGCACUCCUGAAAAGAUAAAUAUUACAAUAAACCAUCUAGUGGGUGGGGCAAAUGGGUCAGUCUAAGUUACUGAAAAGAUUAAUUGAAGGCCAAGGAUCAUUAGAAAUGGACCAAUCAGGGCCGGCCGAGUGGCUCAGUUGGUUAAGAGCACGAGCUCUGAGCAGCAGGGUUGCUGGAUCGAUUCC